UGCUUCGAAAUUGACUUGUUAACUGAAUUUGAUUGGUACGGCUGUCUAACAGCUGUUUGGGGUUGCGGUGUUGUGCUGUUGUUGAUUGCCUUGGGGUCAAUCUUUAUACUGGCUAACUUACCUUGGCUUGCUCAACAUCCUGCUGAUCUUUAUCGCCAAAGUCCCCGACUCUACUAUUUGAGGUUACAGUGUAUAGCAAAAAUCGAUCGAUUCAUUGACUUGUACACCAAUGUGUCACGCACAAUGGACAGUGUGUUCGAAGCAUAUUUAGGUCCAGAUGGAGUAUUGGCCGGGGCGGUGGUGGGGGCAGUGGCCGGUGCAACAGGGGAGCCAGAUGAUAUACCACAGACAAAUACCACAGUUUGGAUACUAGGUAAACGCUACAAUGCAAUUCAAGAGCUGGAUUUAAUACGUCGGGAUGUGCAAAGUCGUCUUUGGUGUACAUAUCGUCGAGGUUUUGUGCCAUUGGGAGAACCCCAAUUGACCACCGACAAAGGCUGGGGUUGUAUGCUGCGUUGCGGACAAAUGGUUCUGGCACAGGCCUUGAUUGAUCUACAUUUGGGUCGCGAAUGGUUCUGGACGCCUGAAACAAGAGAUCAAACUUAUUUGAAAAUAGUCAGUCGAUUUGAAGACUGCAGGAAAAGCUACUUUUCCAUACAUCAAAUUGCCUUAAUGGGAGAUUCGGAAGAUAAGAAAGUGGGCCAAUGGUUUGGCCCCAAUACUGUGGCUCAAGUUUUGAAGAAACUAGUGCGCUACGAUGACUGGUGUAGUUUAAUGAUUCAUGUGGCCAUGGACAAUACAAUUGUCACCGAUGAUAUCUUAAAUCUUUGCCUUGAGAAUCCCCAAAAUGAUGAUUCAUGGAAACCUUUACUACUUAUUGUUCCCUUGCGACUGGGUUUGAGUGACAUCAAUCCCAUCUAUAUACCUGCUUUGAAAAGUUGUUUCGAAUUGGUGGGCUUCUCUGGCAUGAUUGGUGGUCGCCCUAAUCAGGCUUUAUAUUUUAUGGGCUAUGUGGAUGAUGAUGUAUUGUUUCUGGAUCCACAUACCACACAGAGAUCAGGUUCAGUGGGACAGAAAACAUCACAGGAUGAAAUUGAUUUUGAUGCAACAUUUCAUCAACGAUAUGCUGGACGAAUACAAUUUACACAAAUGGAUCCAUCGCUAGCUUUGUGUUUCCUAUGCAAAACUCGCAUAUCGUUCGAUAUUUUAAUGGAAGAUUUGAAAACAAAAGUCCUUAUAACAAGUACACCCAUAUUCGAAAUAACUAAAACAAGAUCACCCGAAUGGGUAUCGAGCAUGCCAGGUAUUAUGCCUUCCAUUCUCACUCCUACUACCACAUAUCACUACUUUCCUUCUAUAAAUGCAACAAAUUACAACUGCGAGGAGCAGCAACCACAAGGCCAAACAAACAAUAACAAUUCAUGUAACAAUUCAUUUGAGGAAUUUCUAUGCUCCAGUGAAUUGAGUACAUCCUCCUCGUUUCAAUCAGUUUGUGUCAACAACUCAGACGAUUUGACAAGUUAUAGUUCGCGACGGACUAUAAGUUGUGGCGAUACAGAAGACUUUGAAAAGCUUAGUUACUCUUCGCUGGAUCCCUCGAAACGUCGCAAUUGCUGUAAUGAAGAUGGCUCCGAUGAUGAUUUUGAAAUUAUUUCAUAGUUUACAAGCAAUGCUCUUAUUAAUUGAAUUAAAUUUUAUUUAAUGU